AUGGACGCUCGCACAGGUGUCUUGACAGACGCGGCCAGCGCUUAUCAGAGUCUGGUGCCUUCAGGUGAGGAUCCAUACAAGGACGACUCAAUCUUGGUGGGAAACUUCGGGAAUACCCUGAUGAACUCCAGUGUGUCCGCGGGUGUGUACAUCAAGCAUGGAUCUCUGAGCAACAUCUUCACAAACCUGGAGGACGUUACCCUGGCAGUGGCCACCUUGCACAGCAACACCAGCCUCCUGCAUUCGACGCUGGAUCUGUCGCAUCCGUUUAGGGAAGUGAUCUACUUGCACUACAGAUCUGUCGAUGGAAGCACUUCCUUCGCGUCCCAAGUCAACGAGACAAAGAGUGCUGUCCGUGGCGACAUCGACGUGCUUCACUUUAAAGCCAAGAAGCCGGAGUACUUGGCGCUCUGCGAGCUUGCUGAGCAUGUGACGACAAGGUAUUUUGUCUACACGGACACCUACCACAUCGUCGCAUCUCCGGUGGACAUCCUUGCCAACUUAGAAGGUCAGCCGGUGCUUCCGUACAUCAGCGCAACCUCCGCGCAUUGCGCCAGAGCCAAUGGCCUUUUCCUAUCCUUACGGGCGACCAUGGUGUUACCAGCCUGGGUGCUUUAA